CAAAUGUAAAAAGAGCCAAACUGGUCACCCCCAAUUAUAUAAAUUCAGCCAGACCCACAAUCUCUCCCUCUUUCUCUCUCUACUUUUUGUUUGAACUCGAAACAUCUAUUUCGCAGACACACCACUCACCAUAUCACAGCUCUUUCUCUCUCUACUUUGUUUGAACUUUAACCGGCAAACCACAAUUCUUGUGACAGUCUCUCUCUCUCUAUAUCUGGAGAUUCAUCAUUUCAAUGGCGGGGAGUGUUUGAAGUUGGAGAGAGAAAGUGAUUGAUGGCUUCGGGGGGCGGUUAUAGGAAUGGCAUUCAGAAAGGAACAGUGAAGCUGGAUCGGCAUCUCCCUGCUAAUGGCAAUAACCUCAGAACAUCUUCUUCUUUCAAAUCGAAGCUCUCUUCCUCGUCUAAUGUCCGCCGGAGCAGCCCUUCCGCUCUUGGCGGAGCCGCCAAGGACGGCGAUGCAGUUUCUGGAAGAGUUAGAGUGGCUGUAAGAUUGCGACCUCGAAAUGCUGAGGAGUUGGUGACAGAUGCAGAUUUUGCUGAUUGUGUGGAAUUGCAGCCAGAGCUUAAAAGGUUGAAACUCCGAAAGAACAAUUGGGAUUCAGACACCUACGAGUUCGAUGAGGUGCUCACUGAAUUUGCAUCACAGAAGCGUGUCUAUGAAGUUGUUGCAAAGCCAGUUGUGGAGAGUGUCUUGGAUGGUUACAAUGGGACAGUGAUGGCUUAUGGUCAGACCGGUACGGGAAAGACUUUUACUCUUGGACGGCUAGGCGAUGAAGACACUUCUGCUCGUGGUAUCAUGGUUCGUUCAAUGGAGGAUAUUCUAGCAGAUCUCUCUCCAGAGACUGAUACUAUCUCUGUCUCCUAUUUGCAGCUCUACAUGGAGACAAUCCAGGAUCUCUUGAAUCCUGCAAAUGAUAAUAUUCCCAUUGUUGAAGAUCCCAAAACUGGUGAUGUAUCUUUGCCAGGAGCAACCCAUGUAGAAGUCCGGGAUCAACACAGUUUUGUUGAGCUACUACGACUAGGGGAAGCUCAUCGAUUUGCUGCUAACACAAAGCUAAACACUGAAUCUUCGCGUAGUCAUGCCAUUCUAAUGGUACAAAUUAAGAGGUCUGUCUUGGGUAGAGAAACUUCUUUCCAAAGUGAGAAUGGUAAUUUCUCUCACUCGGUCAAUACUGCUAAACCACCUGUUAUUCGGAAAGGCAAGCUUGUUGUUGUAGAUCUUGCUGGUUCUGAGCGUAUUCACAAGUCAGGAAGUGAGGGACAUAUGUUAGAGGAAGCCAAGUCUAUCAAUCUCUCAUUAAGUGCCUUAGGGAAGUGCAUAAAUGCUCUGGCAGAAAAUAGUGCUCAUGUGCCCGUUCGAGAUUCCAAGCUCACGAGGUUGCUUAAGGAUUCAUUUGGAGGUACAGCGAGAACUUCAUUAAUUGUGACUAUUGGCCCAUCUCCACGACAUCGAGCAGAGACUGCAAGUACCAUAUUGUUUGGUCAACGGGCAAUGAAGGUGGAAAAUAUGUUGAAAAUUAAGGAGGAAUUUGAUUACAAGAGUUUGUCUAGAAGGCUUGAGAUACAGCUUGACAAACUCAUUGCGGAAAAUGAAAGGCAGCAGAAAGCUUUUGAGGAUGAAGUUGAAAGAAUAGCUUUAGAAGCACAGAAUCGUAUCUUUGAGGCUGAAAGAAACUAUGCAAAUGCAUUGGAGAGGGAAAGAAUGCAAUGUCAGAUGGAUUACAUGGAAUCAAUUAAGAAGCUUGAGGAAAAGUGGGUAUGCAGCAAUCAACAAAAGCAUGGCAAUAAUGGCUUCAUUGAUGGGAAAUGUAAUGGAGAGGGGCUUGUGGCCUCUACUAGUGAGGAAGUUUCUGAGAUCAAAAAGUUGCUUCAGAAUGAAAUGCAUAUGAGAAAGGCGGCUGAAGAGGAGAUGAAUAGUCUUAAGAAUCAACUAGUUCAAUUUACAAAGUCGGAGGCAGGUGGAAAUGGAGAUAUUUCAAAGCUUGGUAGAAUGCUCGAAGAUGAGAUUCAUCAAAAAAAGAAACUUGAAGAGGAAAUAAUGAUAUUACGAAAUCAGCUAUUGCAAUUGACUUUUGAAGCUGAUCAGACUAGAAGGUAUCUUGACAGAGGAGGGGCUGGGAAUGUCUCUGCUGCUUUAGAUUCUCUUUCUCAAGCUAGACAUUUACAGAUCAAAGAUGUCGGUAAUGGUCAGAGAACAUCAAUUGCCAAUCUCCACGAACAAGUUGGAUUGCAAAAGAUAUUGUCAUUGCUAGAGUCAGAAGAUGCUAAUGUAAGGAUUCAUGCUGUAAAAGUGGUGGCGAACCUCGCAGCUGAAGAAGCAAAUCAGGAGAGGAUUGUUGAAGCUGGGGGUCUCACUUCCUUGCUGAUGCUUCUUAGAAGCUUUGAGGAUGAAACCAUUCGCAGAGUAGCAGCUGGUGCAAUUGCCAAUCUUGCAAUGAAUGAAGCCAAUCAGGAACUUAUAAUGGUUGAAGGAGGAAUUGGUCUGUUGGCGGUGACAGCAGCCGAUGCUGAUGAUCCUCAGACUUUACGGAUGGUUGCUGGAGCUAUUGCUAACCUUUGUGGCAAUGAUAAGCUACAGACGAGGCUUAGGUCUGAAGGUGGUAUUAAGGCAUUGCUAGGAAUGGUGAGAUGUAGGCAUCCAGAUGUUCUUUCCCAAGUUGCACGAGGAAUUGCAAAUUUUGCAAAAUGUGAGUCCCGAUCAGCUUCACAAGGAAACAAAACAGGAAGAUCUCUCUUGAUAGAAGAUGGUGCACUUCCGUGGAUCGUACAAAAUGCUAACAAUGAGGCAUCACUAAUUAGGCGCCACAUUGAGCUAGCACUCUGCCACUUGGCACAGCAUGAAGUGAAUGCAAAAGACAUGAUUAGUGGAGGAGCCCUUUGGGAACUAGUUCGUAUCUCACGUGACUGUUCUCGAGACGACAUAAGGACUCUUGCACAACGUACUCUUACUUCAAGUUCGACCUUCCAAGCAGAAAUGCGGCGGUUAAGAAUAGAACUAUAACUACUGCUGCAAUGGGACGGUCACCUGCAGGCCAAGGUAAUGAGAGGGUACUCUACAUGGCCCUUGGACAAGGUCAGUUCUUUGAUAUAUCUUAUAGUUCUGAAAAAUACAGUUCUAAUUUAAAUAGACGGGGCUUGGCCUUUGUCCUCGUUUUCUAGCUAAGCAUCAGUCGACCACUUGUAUUUUCAUUUUCAUGGCGACCCAUUCCGGUAGAGCUGCUUCAGUAUUGUAGUUUUUGUAUAAAUUGAUUUGUUCAAUCAAUGAAAUGGUCAUAUUCCUCUUUUGUGGAAUAAA